GGAAGUUAUUUUUUUAUUACUACCAGCAGCAGCAGGAGGAAGUAAACGUUUAGAAAAAUUAUAAUUAUUUAAUCAAGAACAGUAGAGGGGCAAAGUCAACUCGCUGAUCGCUGAGCUAGUAAUUAGCUCUAUGUUCAUAUCGAGACGAUUUCAAAAGGGAUGAAAUGCCAGGCUCACUGUGUAUACAGUGUCAGACACAAACCACUGUGUUUAGUAAGACCUGCAACAGUUGUUUCUUUAACCAUCCAAAAGAGAAGAUGUUACAAGCGUUGAAGAAGUAUGAUUACGAAUGGGAACACAAUGAUUGCACCCAUUAUAAUAAUAGCUCUCAGAUAUUGACUUCCACUAAAGUAUUGCUCUACAAAUUACAUACUCUGGGAUUUGUUCCCCUUCUCCUGCUUGGAAAAAGGAGAAAUGGAACAAAACAUAUCGAUAUGGAUUCCUUUUGCCCUCACCCACAAGUCAUAAAAGAAACGGGCUCUAUUGAAACACUGAGAAAUAUUUAUUUAGGUCUUCUGAAUGUCACACUCGGCACCGAGUCCCAAUGCCAGUGCUCCCCAGUGUCUUCAGAGCCAGACGGGACCCCUGCACCAGCCGAGGUAGAGGGAGCCCCUACAACAAUCGAUCCCGUGGGAACUCCUGCACCAACAGAGCUACACAGAAUACCCAUAUCCAUCCGACUGAACAUAAUACCCACACCAACAGAGACGUGCAAACACAACACACUAAUCAAUCCAGUGGAAACCCCUACAACUAUCAAUCCAGCGGGAACCCCGGCACCAACCAAGCGAGACGGAAUCCCCAUAUCUUUACGACGGAACCUAAUCCCCACACCAACAGAGCCAGGCAAACCAUCCACACCAACCAAUCCAGUGGGAAUCCCUACACCAACCAAUCUAGUUGGAACUCCUACAGCAAUUGAUCCAUCAGGAACCCCUGCACCAACUAUGCUAGACAGAAUCCCCACAUCCAUCAGCCUGAACAAAAUCACCAAACUAACAGAGCCAGACAAACACUCCACAUCAACUAAUCCUGUGGGAACCCCUUCACCAAUGAAUUCAGUGGGGACCCCUGCACCAGCCGAGCUAGACGGACUCCCCACACCAACAGACCCAGGAAAACCCUCCACAUCAACCAAGCUAGACGGAAUCCCCACAUACAUCUGCCUGAAUGGAAUCCCCACAUCCAUCUGCAUGAACGGAACCCCCACCUCAAUACAGUCCAAAAUCCCCAGACCAAUACAACCCAAAAUCCCCAGACCUAUACAGCCAAAAUUUCCCACACCAAUACAGCCAGGUAAACCCUCCACACAAAAUAAUCCAGUGGGAACCCCUAUACCAAUUGAUGAAACAUCUGACUCUUCUGAGCACCAGGACCAAGAAAUGCAAAGGCCAAAAAGAAAAAUGUGGAUAGAUGGAGAUCUAAUCGUUGCUGAAGACGGUGCAACCAUUCAAGCACAAAAGAAAAUCAAAACAACAGAAGAGUGGCUGAACAUGGAUACGGAUAGGCCCACGGUGUCAAGACAUGCAGAGGUAGACACCGAAAUAUUAGAUCAACUAGAAAAACACAAAGAAGAGUCGCUGAACAUGGAUACGGAUAGGCCCAUGGUGUCAAGACAUGCAGAGGUAGACACUGAAGUAUUAGAUCAAUUAGAAAAGAGCAGCAUUGUACAAGCAACCAACAAGCAAACUUUGUGGGCUAUAAACUGCUUUAAGGACUGGCUGGCAGAGAAACAGAUGAUAGUGGAUUUUUCAACCAUUGAGAAAUCUGAAAUGAAUGUCCUCUUGCGAGAUUUUUACUGUUCUGUUCGAAGGGGUAAAGGUGGGGAGUAUUGCAUCCCAAGCUAUAUCGGAAUCCGGGCUGGCGUGAACAGAUUCAUUAACCUCCCUCCCCUUAGCAGAUCCUGGUGCUUGAUGAAGGACAGUGAGUUUACCUCCUCUAAUAAUGUAUUUCUUGGGGUACUAAAGAAACUCAGACGAGAGGGCAGGGACAAAACUACCCAUCCUAAGGUGAUUACAGCACAAGACCUUGAGAUUCUUCAAAACUCUACUGUGCUAAGCCCCUACACACCCAGAGGACUAGUGAACAAAGUGUGGUUUGAUAUCCAGUUACACUUUGGCCCCAGAGGAAAAGAGGGCAAUAGACGGCUAACGCCACAGUCGUUUGUAAUAAGGUACGAUGAAAACGGAGCAAAAUAUGCAACGCUGACUUCCAAAGAAGAAAGACCGAACCACAAAGAUGCAGAAGAGCAGAACUGGCAGAAUCGCUGUGGAAUCAUGUUUCAGAACCCUGAUAGUCCACUCUGUCCAGUCGCCUCCUUGGAGAAGUAUCUGAGCAAGAUCCCGCCAGAUGCCACCGCCCUCUAUCUCCAUCCUAAGAAGAUGGUCAUCACCAGUGACAGCAUGUGGUAUAGCCAGGAGCCAAUGGGGUUCAACUACCUUUCAUCAAUGCUGCCCCGACUGUGCCAGGAGGCUGGUACAUUGGAAAAGUACACAAACAAUUGCUUCCGAACUUUGCGCGAGGUCAUGUCUGUCAGCAGACUGAUAGUUCCUUGAAGAGUGUCGUAGCUGAAUCAGAAUUAGUUAGGUAACAUAGAUAAAAAAUAUGUUUUAAUUAUUUUAUACUUGUCAUUAGAAUGUCUUCUUUUGGACUAUACUGUUGGCAGUUGCAUUUUCCUCUCUUCUCUAGGGAAAAGUCACUUGGGGCCCAGAGAGGUGAGAGGUCAGGCUUGUCUUUUACAUGUUUGGAAAUAGGCAGAAUAUCAGAAAGGGUAAAGUCAGGUUUAAACAUUGUCUUCAUAAUGAAUAUAUCUGUUAAACCAUGUGAAGGGCCCCACCAUGUCUGUACUCCAGUCACUCCCUCCUUUUUCCAUUGGGGGAGGAGUAUGGUAAUGUCUAGAACCAUUGUAUGUCCCCUCUGAUGUUGCCCUUAUCUUGAUUUAGUAUAUGACCUAGAGGCUCACUACCCUCAGGGAGUUUGUCCAGGAGGGGUGUAUUUGAGAUGGGAGUAUCUAGAAUUGACAAUUGAUAUAUGCCAUUGGAUGAGGAAAUGUUUUGGUAAUAUGAAGUACCAAGAACGAGAUUAGAACCUCGUCUUAGAGAGCAAACUGAACAAUAAUUUAUAGCUAAUGCUAUCUGGCUAUGGGAUACUCCUCUCUCUCAAGUAAAAGGCCUUUGUGCUGUUUUCCUAUUAUCUGUGGUUCGUCAUGUAAGUGAGAGGGGUGGAUCUUUGCUAUAAAAGAUCUGUUGCCAUUACGUUGACACUCAGAAUUCAUUUAUAGACACUGAAUUGAUCUGAGAGUCACAGGGCUAUGGUGAAGCUCAUAUUAUUAAAAUAUUAAGUUUAAAG